AGUACACUCUCGCGCUCGUCUCAUCUCGGAUAGCCUCGGCGAGCGUGUACUGCCGGCAUAACACUACGUACUGACUGCAUGAAUGUUCGGUGUGUAACAUGUUACAUUACGCCUCGUAUCGUUGGUCAGUACCCACCUUUGAGCGUUGUUUCUGUAUCACUGUAUCACUGGUUGCAUAGCAUAGCAUAUAUAUUUUUGUUUUGAUGUCGGUCGCACCGGCCGCUUUGAUUUAAAUCAUUUAAUUUUUCACUUUUUUAAACUUUUUAAUUAUGUUCAAGUUCAAUUUCUCAGCAGAUAAUACGGCAGAAGCAGAAGAACAACCCAAAGUUAUUCAAACUGAAGAAACAUGGGAAAAAAGCAAACAAAUACAAUUUAAGGACAGUAGCAUUUUACAAGACAUUUUAAAAAAUGCCUCAACUAUCAAUUUACCAAACUACCCUGAUUGCAAAUACAUAGACCCAUCAGAAAUUGUGGACAUACUUCAGGACAGUGAAAAUGAGACCCCAGUGCUAAAAGCAGAGCAAAAUCAUUUAGAUUUGAUACCCGCUGUAUACGAGGGAGGUUUAAAAAUUUGGGAAUGCACAUAUGAUCUACUAAGUUAUUUAAGUUCAGAAAAAAUACAACUUGAAGGUCUAAAGGUACUUGAUCUAGGUUGUGGCUCAGGUAUUCUAGGGAUCUAUAGUUUGUCACUUGGGGCCACAUGUUACUUUCAAGACUAUAAUGAAGAUGUUUUACAAUAUUUUACAAUACCCAAUGUUCUAGUGAACAACAAAGGAUUAUUAGAAAGAAGCAAAUUUUAUUCUGGUGAUUGGGAAUCGUUUGCAAACUUAAUUGGUGAUAGCUUGACAGAAGAUGAAAAGUUUGACUAUAUUUUCACCUCGGAAACUCUGUACAAUGUACAGUCAUAUCCAAAAAUACAUAAAGUAUUUAAGUUACUUUUGAAAAAAAGUGGCAAGAUGUAUCCUUUAGUAAGGCAUAUGAUGAUAAACUUUUUAAAAAUUCUUGCAUAUCUGAGCUUGGAUGCAGGAGCUGAUUUGAGAUGAUGCACUGUGUGUUAAGCCCCAAAACUGAGUUCCAGAAGCCCAAUAGAAGAAAAAAAUUGAGUGAAUCGUGAUGAUUUUGUCUCCCCUCCAUUUCCACAAUUAUUACCAUAUGAGGUUACUCUGCAUCACAUAAGGAGUCAAUUUGAUCAAUGAGACCUACAGUCACCCUAGAUAGCUUACUUUCUACCCCAAAAUUGCUGAAUUUUCAAAUUAUAUUUUCUUUAAUGUCACAACAGAUAUCUUGCAGCAAAGAGUUUCUACUUUGGUGUAGGAGGUGGCAUUCCAUAUUUUAAAGAAUAUUUAGAUAAGAACAAAGUUUUCAAAUACCUCACAGUUUCAGAACAUUCAAGUGGAGUUAAAAGAGCUAUACUAGAAAUAAAAUUCAUCUAAUAUAGUAUGCAGUUUUAUUGCACUAAUGGUUUAUCAUCUAUUUGGAAGACAUUGAUUAUCAAGUUCUUAAUAUUAAUAAGGUAAAAUGUAAUGCAGCAAAUACUGUACAGAUGUAAAGAUAGCAAAAAC